CUCGUGGCGAGGGGGCGGUUGACGUGACCGUCUAGAAGGUCGUGGGUGGCGAGACCAAGUUAGACUUGUGGAUGAACAGAGUGUUCACCAGCAUCUGCGAACUCCAGGAUGGAAGCGAGUCCGCGCGGCCGCCAUUGACCUUCAGGGGCUGUAUCCCCACGGACAAAUGACAAGGUCCGUCUGUUCGUCCUAACGUUCCUGGAGCCGGGCUGUGACUACCUCCCGGCAAUUUCCGGGCUGCCGUUCGACAAGAUGUGGGUACUGGCCCUCAAGAGCGUGCGAACGGAGGGUUUAUUUGACAAGCCGCUGUUCUUCGAGGAGCAGCAUGGUACGUGGGCCGUGGAAGUCGACGAAUGCGCGAAGCUUUUGGCGACCAUGUUCUUCUACAAGGAUGAAGCGGCAAUUGGCACUGCUCAUUUGACUCCAGCACAGCUGGUCGAAAGCGUUGACGGCGACGUCGAGGGCUACGUGGACGUGAUCCGCUACGCCAUCCUCCAACUCCCCAAGAAGAAGACGACAGCCACCUGACCGUCCUUUUUUUCCUUGCGCAAGCAGGCAGAACGAGGUAACGCCAUUAUCCGGUACUGGCAGAAUGGCCUGAGGGACACCAUGCCGGUGACAGAGUUUGCCGGCGAAGGAUGGAGCGUCGACCCACGAGGAAAGGGGAGCGACGGCGACGAACUCACAAAGGAGAACUGCGUGCUUGACCUGUCCGAGUAUGCUUACAUCGCCCCUGACCGAAAGACAGUGACGCUAGCGUGUGUUUGCAAUCCGGACACGGCCCUGUGCAACAGGUGCAGGUGCAAGAACAAGAAGUGCUCGCUCGCUUGCGGCUGCAGAAAUCGUUGCACCCUACGGCGGGCGGUGCCGGCACCCGUGCGAGCAGGGGGGAGGUCUGCGUCACGGCCUACAGUGGGUGCUCCUCAAACGAGGCGGGUAGAGGGCACCUCCCGACCCCAACCGCCCAUCGAGAGUCGACCACGGCCAUCCUACAGUGUUGCCAAUGCCAUGGCACUCUUUGCCGCCUCUUUGAGGCACCAGGUAUCGCACGGAGCGGAACAGAACGACGUGGAGGCGGGAACCCCCGAGUCGCCUGCGAGCAACGACGUUUCCGCCGGCGAGGCCGCGGAAUCUAAAAACGCAGAGUUGGAGGACCCCGAGUCGGACGAGAAGUGCGACGGUUCGGUCGGUGCACUCGACGAUUUGAUCCAGUUGGAUUCGAGCGAAUCUGGUUCCAGCGAUGGGGAAUCUGACGGGGUGAGCGAGAAGAGCGUCGAUUCCAACUGGAGUGGCGGAGACACAGAUGAUGGUGUUGCGGAUCUCGUAACCGACGCCUGGAACUGAGAUCUGGCUACUUCUUCAGGCAGGUCCGUCCGUGCUUGACUUCCGUUGGAUACAUCCAUCCACGAAAUACGACGACCCGGGGUACGAGAUAUCAGACGGACGAACUUCAGCCUAAUACUGAAAAGCCGGCUAGGGCGCGCGUUUCCGCCCUCGGCGAAUUUUCGUUCCUAAUAGUUGCGCACGUAGUUGCGCAGGGAGGUGGACCGGGGGGGGGUAUUAUUCUUCGCCCAAACCGGGUGUCCGUUGUUUAUUGGUGUGGUAUUCUGUUCUCCGCGUUUUUCCGGCAGACUGCCGGAAACGUAUUGUUGGGGUGCUGUGUGCGUUGGCCCGGUAUUGUGUGCGGUGUUCGUGUGUAAGUAUUUCCGGCGUUUUCGCCACACCCAAUGCUCAGGGCGUCCUCAUGUACAUCGAGACAAGUACUUCAAUGUGUA